AUGCACGUGCGCGGCCGAGACCGAGCCACUUCUGGAAGCAAUUCGGUACCAUUCGUGCCUCCAGCUACAUGGGCCAAGUCCAUGUCACUACUGGAGCUCACAAAGACUGCACACGACCCACUGAAGGCGUCGCAGGCGCUGCACAACGGCGAGGCGCUACGUCAUGCGCCGUCCCUGGACAACGUCUUCUGCAGCUGCUACGACGUCGAUACAGUGCUCACCACCGUGCAGAGAAGAGAACGGGGACAUUUCUCACCCGUCCAGAAGCUUCUACUCGAGCCAGAGUCCAUCAAACAGGUAUUCGGCUUUGCUACAUCCUUCAGCGACCAUUUAACUGAAAAUGCAGAACCCCAUCCAGAUAAAUAUCGACAGGCGUAUGUGGCCACAGAGAUUAUCCUCCGAUUCUACUUAAAAGUCAUGGCCUGUGUCAAGCUGGAAGGCCUCGCUGUGUCCUCUACAGCCCCACCGACAAACUUACCGACCAUAAUGGACUUCAGAAGCAACGCGUCGACUAGAAAAAUGGCCAGAAUCCAACGCCUACGUGCGAGUAUGCGGUUUGAGAGUUCGGGAAGCAGCAUCUCGGACUUUAGUGUGUACGGAGAAGACGACCAAGAAGACCCUGCGACACGUGGAUAUUUGUUACGUCUCGAGGAUUUAACUGCCAGCGAGUGGAAGCGCAUUUUUGGAGGAUUGUUCCGCUUUUUGUGGCCAAUUACCGUCGCCGAGAAUGCGGAGAAUUCCAUGGCAGAUGAGUUGGAACUGGACGGCAUUUUAGUGGCGAAUAUGUGUCGAAUUACCAAGAAUUUCGUCACUUUUCCAACUGUUCACAGGCUGAUAUGUGACGAGAACGAACAGGACGACAAAGAGUGGCUACUGUCACGUCUUGCAGUGCACGUGUACAACCCAGAUGUUACGGCAUUGUUACAUGGGUUGAUCCACCUCUCUAUCCGUCGCGGAUUCGCGUAUUUCCCCAUCAUUCGAUGCCUUGUACAGCGAAUAGUGGAGCAGGUACCGACUCGACUCUCCAGGUCUCUGUCUUCGGUCUCUUCCACGUCGACAGUGUCGUCCACAUCGUCUCAAUCACCACGAUCAUCUUUCGGAGGGUCCCCAGCUAUGUCGCCGUCUUCUUUCUUCGCGUCCAAGACGCCGCCGCUGUCUCCGUCUUUGUUCAGUACCAACACGACGUCUACAGUUCACGGGAGGAUCAGUGGCUGUGCUGAGAUCCUGACGAAGAUCUUGAAAGACGAGUUCCCGAAUACUUUCCGGUAUUUUAUCCAGACCAGGAUUCAGCUGUCGUCGUUCGAGAGCGUCGAGGCCUUCGAAAAGGAGCUCUUCCCACCGAGAAUGGCCCCGCAUGACCCUCCCAUGCAUCACAAACUUAAGUGUGCGGUUAUAGCCGCGUUGACCGAGAACAGCACGAUUCUAGCUCGACUGGCGGAACUUGGGAUGGCAGAACUUCGGUUUCUGGACGCACACCACACGAACGGGACGUGUAUCCCUCGAGUCCUGAUAGUUGACGUCUUACGACAUGCAAUUGAGUUCUCUCGCUUCGAUUCCGACCAGCUGGACGUGUUCGUUGCGCCGGUUCAUCUCGUUCUGGACACCAUUUGCGCGUCGAUCAACUACCAUCAGCAUUUGUCCACGAUCUCGGAGUUUGCAGCUCGAGAUUGCUUCAGUGACAGCGACUCGGAUGACGACAGUACUGGCACUGGCGACUUUGAUGCACUGGUCGAUAAAGAGAGUCCUCAGAAGGCCACGAAACGUGACGCGGCACCUGCACGGAGUACGUUGUAUGGUGGGAUAUCGCCUCCUGCUCUCAGCUAUUCGCCCAGAUCGGGAAAGGCAGUGGUGAACCACCGACCAUUGGCGUCUACUCUGCUUGUUGUGCAUGUCGUGGAGCUGCUGGACGCUGUUAUUCUCAUGUCGAAUGAUCGCAUCGACAGUCGCUUGACUCGACUGGACCUUGCCACGUCCUUGAUGGACAUUUUCGAGAAAUUCCCGAAAGCCAGCAUCCUGCACUGUCGACUAGUGAAAUUGUACUUGAAUCUACUGAACCGACCGUCUUCAAACGGACGAGUGAACAACCCGCUGCUGCGAAGUGUCUUCCGCUCGCCCGACUCGAUUCUGGAGUUUAUUACACACAAGUUAAACGCGAACAGUGCGACGCACAUUUACGACGCGCAUUUGGCGAUCAUUGGAGUGAAAAUCGCCAAGAUUUGCAGCUCGCCCACUCUCCAACAGGAACUGAUCCGCCAAUUCUGCAACAACGUCAAAGGUUGGAAUGACUUCGCGGCGUCGCUUGUUGCUACGCAUUAUCAGCAAAUGGAUGCGCUGGACGAUUCGCUUCUCGGACUGCAAGUUGUCGCUCGCAAUGGGACGCCGAGGAAGCGAAACACUAGCGAAGACGACGCAGACACGGGCCUUGUGCUCGCUCGCCCGUCGUCUUCCGCUAGUGAAUAUCUGUCACGAGAGCUGGAGCCGUUUCGACGACUGCCAAUGGAGAAAGAAGGCUUCGGAUCGUCCCACAAUCUGGCCAAAGGAAGCGAGGCGGUGCAUCCCAGCGACAUGUUCCAGAGCCGGUCACAGAGUAAAUUUCCAGAGUCCAUUAUCGACAUUCUGCAGUCCGACGAGGCCACGUCGUUCGAUGUACAGGAAGACGAUUUCUUCGUGAGUGGCUACGCGUACCAGAAGCGCUCCAAGUGGGCGAAAGUGCACUUGAAAUUCGAGAAAUCUACGUGUCAAUUGACGUUAGAAGACGCAGCCAGCGCGACAUCUGGAUCGUCGAGUACUGACGUGUCCAAGGCCACGUCUCCGUCGAUGCUGAAGCAAUUCUUGAUGGCGCAUACCCAAACGUGGACAUCGAGACCGAAGAAACUGGUCGUGUGCAACGCUAGGAAGUGGAUCGCAUUCGGUCGCAGCGUCAAGAAACGAGACCGAGGCGCUUUCGGCUUCCAAGUGGAAGUCUUUGACGGCCAUCGCGAAGAGGACGAGACGUUAACUUUUGUCACCCGGUCCGAUGCGACGAGAAUGAAGUGGUUUGAAGUCAUGCAGAGCGCUGUGAACAGGACGCGAAUGUCGCGCAAUAGCUUCAGCGAUAUCGACGAAGCUGCCAACACGACGUUGGUCGAGUGCGUGGCCAAGAGUCGAGGUGGCCCGUAUCUGGUUAUCCCCGAUAUUAACCUGUUGGGUCCAGUGACGUCUGCGAGUUUCUUCCUUAAGUCCGAAGUGCCGGAGGAGAUGCCGUUCUGGGGGACAUACCAUGGAGACCAGGGCGUCAUCAAGUACGCCUCGUUAUUUAAACAGUGUCUGGAUGUCGUCUCCGUCGAAGAGAAGAGUAUCCAGGCAAUUGGCUACUCGGUUAUUGUCGAGUUUGACGCAACUUUCCGACGAUCAGAAAGUGUCGCUGACUUGGACGACUCGGAGCCUCCUGCAGUCAAAUGCGCUUGCACGGACACGUACCUCGUCAGUGGGAAUCAGAUCAUUGGCUUGACCCGCACCAUCGCGGACUCGGAGAAGUUGCUGCAGCUCCUCUGUGAUGAGGAAUAG